UGCUCGGUACCGUGUCGUAUUUCGGCAGCCGCAUUGUCGUUACCAACAUUCGACAUGGCCGCUGUCUUCGCAAAAUUUUCCGGCUCCUGCAAACAAAUUUUCGUUUGUAACUACCCGUGGAAACACGCUACGCACGCGACGUACACAAGGCUCGCCGAAGUUGGCCGCCUGGAAACGCCGAAACUCGAAGGCAAAUAUGACACCGGACAGCUUUUCCUGCAUCGAAUAUUUGGCUACCGUGGAAUCACACUGUUCCCAUGGAUGGCCAGGGUUUACGAUCGUGACAUACCCAGCAAAAAGAACUCAGAGGGGUCAGAGGACAGCAGCGACGGCUUCAACCACGUUGGUCGUGAGGUGAAGGGCAAGACCCACACAUACUACCAGGUUCUCAUUGAUUCCAGAGACUGUCCAUAUGUGCGGACACAGACAGAGGCAGUGACAUUUCUAGGAAAUCAGGACAACAGCAGGUCCCUCUAUGCCAUCCCAGGGCUGGAUUACGUCGGCCAUGAGGAUAUCCUGCCUUACACGUCAACCGAGAAGCAGCCCUUGCAUCAUGAACUCUUCGACAAAUUCCUUGUCUGUGAGCCUGACAAAGACCCCCCGUUCUCGGCUAAGGACACGCUGCGUGCUUGGCAGGAGAAGAACCACCCAUGGCUGGAGCUGUCGGACGUGCAUCGGGAGACGACCGAAGGCGUGCGCGUCACUGUCAUUCCCUUCUACAUGGGUUGCCGCGUUGCACAGAGCAGCACAGUCUACUGGUGGCGCUACUGCAUCCGGCUGGAGAACCUGGGCGACCUGGCAGUGCAGCUACGGGAACGCCACUGGCGCAUCUUCAGCCUAUCGGGAACCCUGGAGACCGUUCGUGGUCGGGGCGUCGUAGGGCAGGAGCCAAUCCUAUCAAAGUCACAACCAGCAUUUCAGUACAGCAGUCAUGUGAGCCUGCAAGCGCCGAGUGGACACAUGUGGGGCACGUUUCGGAUGGAACGGGAGGACGGCUUCACGUUCGACUGUCGGAUCCCUCCAUUCUCGCUCGAAAGCAAGCAGGAGCAGAGCCCACAGCCUGCAGCCGUCUAGUCACUCGGCAAUCACCGUACCCCACUGACCGUAUCGAGGCCCGUUGCUGUUCCCCGCCACACAUACACACGAAGCAAACCUGCUCAACGUAAUGCCUCGAACCGAAGCCAUACAAAAUGAGCAGUUCGGCUUCCUCCCGAGCUGAUCUCGAAGACGGCUAGUAAAUUGAGGGCUUGAGGAGGGCUUUGUGCAUGGCUCUUGCACGAAGCACUAAUGCAGGGUCUGCUUUGUGCACGAACAAACGUGUGGCUAGACCCUGCAACACCCGUGAAAAUUGCCCUCUGAGCAGUGUGUGGUGGACUUCCAGAAGACUGCGUGAUGUUUCAUUCAGUAGUGGGAAUCGCUCUGGACAGGGCCGGACUGUUGUACACCAGAUGGACUGUUUAAUGUAGAGUUGGACUGCUCGCCAGUUCUUGCUGCUUUCGUAGCCGUUUUAUUUUGUUCGAAAUUUGGCGUCCGAUUUUUUUUUUAGGAAUGAAGGAUCUUGUUUUUCUUCAGACAAGGAGGCUAUUCUUGCCUCGCUUGCAUGUGUUGGUUGUUACGAAAAAGAAUACGUGGAAGAGUAAAAGGAAAAAAAAAGCUA